CUGUCUCUCUCUCAGACAUACAGUCCACAAAAUCCCCUUAUCCAUGUCUAGCCACCUAAACCUCUUCUUCCUCAUCCUCCUCCUCAGUGGCCCCACCAAUGGCCGUCACUCAUCUUACGACGUAGUCUCCGAUGGUGGGGUCCAGCAGGUCCACGCAUCACCCUACCUGGCCCUCAACAGCCUCUCUGCGGCGGGUUCCUCCUGCGAUGAGACGUACGGGUUCUUGCCGUGCACCACGUCCGUGCUCGGCAACCUCUUCCUCAUCCUGGUCUACGGCUACUUCAUGUUCCUCGCUGCGACCUACUUGUCGGACGGGAGUGAGCUGUUGUUGGAGAUUCUAGGCACUGGAAUCGUCGGCGGUCUGUUACUCCCCAUUCUCGGUGCCGCUCCCGAAUCCCUCAUCAUUCUGGCAUCUGGUCUUUCUGGAACUACAGCAGCUGCUCAAAGUCAAGUCUCUGUAGGAAUGGGCUUGCUUGCUGGGUCAACUGUUAUGCUUCUUACAAUAAUAUGGGGAUCAUGUGUUAUAGUUGGCAAGUGUGACCUUGUUGAUUCAAAGGCUGUAGACUCGAAAGAUACAAAAGGCUAUAGCUUAACUGAAUCUGGUAUUAGUACUGAUAUCUGGACUUGCUACACUGCAAGGAUUAUGGCCAUAUCUGUCAUCCCAUUUGUAAUCGUUCAAAUACCACUAAUUUUCAAUUCAAUUUCAUGGAGGCGCUUGGCAGUCUUGAUUGGGCUUAUCGUCUCUCUUCUAUUAUUGGCUUCUUACUGCCUUUAUCAGCUUUAUGGCGCAGCAACAAUGAGAAACGUCCUCUCCCUCUCUGUCUUCUUAGCCCUUGUUUACAUUAGAGGGUUGCCAUGGGAUUUCACAGCUGAAAUGCUGGUUAUUCUAAUUGUCUGCGUUGUAAUGGGUGCCUUAGGCAGCUUCCGCCGCACCCGUUACCCUCUUUGGACAUCUAUUCUAGCUAUUCUACUCUAUCCAUUCUCCCUGGCGCUGGUUUAUGUCUUUCAUUCCGUUUUUGGGUGGUCAUAGAUUCACGGCUGUCC